UACCAUCUCGACAGCAACACCGACCCAGGCACCGCAUUGAGGAAGAUCCAGACUUCCGGCAGCAUUUCCAUCUCGCCCGAGCUUUUCGAGAAGAUCUAUCUUUCGCCGCAGAACAAAGUCUCUGGUGAUCUCCGAAAGACAUUUGGUAACCCAACUCCAUUGGCACUGUGUGGCUUCUUGCUCUCCCUCACACCGCUUUCGUGCGAUCUGAUGGGCUGGAGAGGAGCCGGUGGCAAUGGUGCAGCUUCGACUGGUGUCUACUUCUUCUUCGGUGGUCUUCUCAUGAUUCUCGGAUCUCUUGGAGAAUUCAUCCUUGGCAACACCUUCCCAUUCGUCGUCUUCGGUAGCUUCGGUGCAUUCUGGCUCGCCUUCGCCGCAACCCUGCAACCAUUCUACAACGCAUAUGGUGCUUAUUCUCCAGACCCACAAGCGCCAGCAAAAGGCCUCGAUACGGUCGGCUUCAACGCGUCAUUCGCCUUCUUCCUCCUCUUCAUGGGCCUCCUCUGCUUCCUCUACAUGAUCCUCGCCCUCCGCACCAACCUCGUCUUCUUCCUCAUCUUCAUGACCCUCGUCCCAGCCUUCGGUCUCCUCGCCGCUGCAUACUGGAACUUGGCAAAGGGCACCCCAGCCGCAGCCGCCAGCGCAAACACCUACAUCAUCGCAGCAGGAGCUCUGACAUUUGUCACCGAUAUGCUUGGAUGGUGGAUCUUCUUUGCCAUCCUGCUCGCUUCUCUCGACUUCCCCUUCCAGCUUCCUGUCGUGGAUCUUAGCAGAUUCGUCAAGGGUGCUAGUGAUAAGAAGAAGGCGAAGGAGUAUGAGGCUUAG